UCUUUUGCAUGACAAUGAACACAAAUAAGUAGCAGUGGAUAGAAUGCAUUAAACGUUGCUAUUUAGCUCCAACAUUAACUACCCCUGUUCAAUUCAACCACUUCCAAAAAUGAUAAGAAGACGCGGUUGGCUUCCUAAUCGUCAACAACUAUCCCGGAACGUUUUCUAUUUCUUCAGCAUCCCUUAUGUAAAAUCAGGCCAAACCAUAAAAUAUCAUGGAGAGGUGUUGUUACGGGAUCAACUUUAAACCACCACCACCAAAUGUCUGGAGGGUUGUGUUGGUGGGACGUACUUAUGAGAUUGCACGUAGUAAUAAUAAACAACAACGGAUUGCAUGGUUAUUUUUUACGCUGGUUCCUUCCCCGUAUAAAAUAAAUCUCUACAAAGUCUCCCUUCAGUCCCGUCCUCGUGAGUUCAUCAUCAUCAUCAGAUCGAGACGACUUUAAUAUUUGGACUGCAAAGGUGGUAUUAUUAUUUUGUAUUCGUUUGGCUUUCUUCGGUGUUGGUGUUGUCCUCAGCAGCUCUUCAUAAGAGUUCAGUGAACUGUUAUUAUUAGUGUCCACUCGUGGGAAAACGUGUCAAAACAACGGAGGCCUCAAGGGACCCAGCACAAAGAUUGAUUCAACAUGGCACGCACGUUUGAUGACGGUGAUGGAGAUGACAAGAAGUCCAGGGACAAGGGAAACUAUUCUCAUCCUCUAGGGGCUGCUGCAAACUUGUCGCCAUCGGACACUCCUGAGCCGCCGCCGCUGGAAGUGAUUGAGGAGGUUGCAGAAGAGGGAAGACAUCUAUAUUUGGAUUUUAUUCGUACUGAAAUUAGUCGCAAUGGCUUAACUGAUACCUGCAUUACCGUUGAGGAGACAUUAGUAGGACCCCCUGACAAAAUGUUGGAAUGGGUUCGUGCAGGGAAGGAACUUCGACAGUUGGCAGAUGCAUUUUCAAGAUCGAAAGAGCGAGAUGCGGUACGCCAGAAAGCUUCCAAAAUUCCCGUUGAGACCCUGGACAUAGAUCACUUCAUGCAACUGCUCCAAGAAUUGUUUCAGGGGGGAGCAAUUACAAGAGAACGAAUUGUUGUGCUGUUCUUUUUCUGUGCCGACGUCGCCAUGCAAGCCUUGCGACAAGGCUUGCAUAGCACUUUUCACCGUCUCGUGGAGUGGAGUUUGCGCUAUAUAGCAACACAAGUAGCAGCAUGGGUGUAUUCUUGUGGUGGCUGGGUAAAAUUAAAUUUUGGUGUGGUGCUUCGAUCUGGCUUGGAUGUCGUUUAUCAGUUAUCUGCCUGUUGUGCUUUCGUGGCUAUUGUGGCAGCCUGCGUUGUCUACAUCAAGAAAAAAUGAUCUCGAGUCUUUGAUGGACCAAUUUCAUAUGUGCAUUUUUUAGUUAAAGACUGACUGCCGCAAUAUAACUAAAACAUAGUCAGUUACGCAUUCGCAAUUUCGAAUUGUAAAUUCAUUCCUAGCUGUAAUUUAUACAUAUUACAGCAAGUUUUGGAAUUUACUAUUAUGUAAUUUAAAGUUUUGUUUGUUAUUUUUAUACGUUUCUAAAACUGCAACGUAUCCUUUCUAAAACUACUUAUCGUUUUCAUACGGAUGACACAAAUUUCCUUGUUUUUGUGUACAGAUACCUGAUAUAUAUGUACAUAGUAUUAGUUUUGUAUAUGUACGUAUUUACAUAUAUACAUUUACAAACUCGCUGUUUCUGAAAGUCGUCUCGUUUGCUCAAACCGUGUUCUCAUCUCAACCCUAUAGACUAUUGUUAUUACUUAUGAAAAAUGUAUUCAUAAUUAAGACUUGAACUUGUGCUCAACCAAAAAAAAACUGAUAUCAAAAUGACAAAUAUUAUGCCGUAAACAUUCCAAAAAAUAGUUCUUUAAGGAUGUAUAAUUUCACAUGAUAGUAAAAUACCAAUAUUAUUAUGUGAUUCCAUCAAAAAUAAAAAUAAAGUGUAAAACGAU